UCGGUUGCAUGGAAUGAUUUUUUCUACUAAAUAAAGUCCUUUCAUCACAGCAAACUUUAUUUUUAUCAUAACUCAUCAUUUCAAUAAAGCUUUAAGCAUAAAGAAAAUAAUGGGAUCUCAAGGUCCAGCAACAGUGUUGGCAAUGGGCACAGCAACACCUUCAAACUGCGUGGAUCAAAUUACAUAUCCGGAUUAUUACUUUCGCAUUACAAACAGCGAACAUCAGACUCAACUCAAACACAAAUUUCAACGCAUGUGUGACAAAUCAACAGUAAGAAAACGUUACAUGCACUUGACAGAGGAGAUACUGAAGGAAAAUCCAAACUUAUGUGCAAAUAUGGCUCCUUCCUUAAAUGUAAGGCAAGAUAUGGCAAUUGUCCACGUACCUAAGUUAGGGAAAGAGGCUGCUCUUAAGGCUCUUGAGGAAUGGGCUCAGCCCAAAUCCAAAAUUACACAUUUAGUUUUUUGCACCGCGACGGGUGUCGAUAUGCCAGGGGCCGACUAUCAGCUUACCAAACUUUUGGGCCUUUGUCCGUCGGUUAAAAGGCUCAUGAUGUACCAACAAGGUUGUUACGGCGGGGGCACCGUGCUCCGCAUCGCCAAAGACCUAGCCGAAAAUAACAAAGAUGGACGUGUUCUCGUGGUUUGUUCGGAGAUAAACAUCUUGACUUUUUGCGGGCCUAAUGAAAAACAGCUUGAUGGCCUUCUGGGCCAGUCUUUAUUUGGCGAUGGUGCCGUUGCGGUAAUAGUGGGCUCAAAUCCAAUGCCGAAUGUUGAGAAGCCACUGUUUGAAAUAGUCUCUACGGCCCAAACCAUAAUUCCGAAUACCGAAGGUGCCGUCGGUGGGCAUCUACGAGAGGCCGGGUUGGUCAUUAAUCUCCAGAAAGAUAUCCCUAUGCUCAUAUCCAAUAAUAUUGAGAAAAUUGUUAUGGAGGCAUUUGAACCCUUAGGUAUUUCAGAUUGGAACUCCAUAUUUUGGAUGGUACACCCGGGUGGGCCUGCAAUUCUUGAUCAUUUGGAAUCUAAACUUGGGCUAGAGCCCAGAAAAUUGAACGCCAGUAGGCACAUACUAGCUGAGUAUGGAAAUAUGUUAAGUGCCACUGUCUUGUUUGUCAUGGAUCACAUGAGGAAAAAGUCAGCUGAAAAUGGGCUUAAAUCGACUGGAGAAGGCUUAGAGUGGGGAGUGCUUCUUGGGUUUGGGCCUGGAAUUACUGUUGAAACAGUUGUGCUCCAUAGUGUGGCUAUUGGCUGAUUAUAGGAGCUUUUGUUAUGUUAGACUUUUUUUUUUAUAAAAACAUUUCUUAUUUCAAUUUCUUUUUUCGAUUGAUUAUUUUAGUUUCUUCAGUUUCUAUUUAUUGAUUAUUUUACUAAACGAGGAUAAAUGAUAUAUUUUUUCAUAAAUUGAACUCAUUUUAUUU